AUGAAUAACCAAGGUAACCAAUUUAUGGACAAUAAUAAUGGAAUUGUUUUUAAUGGGUUGGCAAAUAAUAACUUCAACAACUUUCUUAAUCAACUUCCAAACAAUGGUAUGAUGAACAAUAAUAACUUGAAUAACAAUAUGGGAAAUAUCAAUAACCUCAAUAACAUUAACAGCAAUAUUAUGAACAAUAACAAGAAUUUCAAUAUUGGGGGAAUGCCGCCACCAUCUGGAGGUAGAUAUGAUAUGGCCAGCAUGAACCAUGGAUUUGAACAAAUGAAUCUAAAUGGGUUUAUGAAUUCGAUCAAUAAGUUACCUCAAGGUCCUGGGCCACAAUCACAACAGACGAUAGGAUUUGGAAAUCCUUUACCUAAUUUAAUUUCUGGGAACAAUCCAAAUUUUAUUAAUAAUAUGAACAAUCAUAUGGGCAAUAAUAAUAUCAACAAUAUGAAUAGUGCUAUAAAUAAUGGAAUGGGUAAUCAAAUUCACCAACAAAUGAAUAAUGGGUCUUUUGGGCAAUUUAAUGGAAAUAACUUUGGAGGAUUUCAUUGA